AUGGUUGUGCUAUUGGAUCUGCCUAUUGAACUACUUUCGCAAGUGGUAUCCUACCUAGAUCAUGACCGUGACCUUCCAGACCUCCUCUCCUUAUCACUCACCAGCAAACUGAUCCACUCGAUCACGACCCCAUUCCUAUACCGCGUGUUUUUCUCGGAAGAUCGGUACAAGCGACUCCUCUACUACGAUGUAGGAUCUGGCCGCAUCUCCAAGCUCAUUCGCCUUAUAACUACUCUCAACCACUGUCCCGAAUUGGCUCGGUACUUCCGCGAGGCAGCAUUCAUUGGCGAAGCAACAGGCUGGGAUUCCGGGGAUUUGGACUUCGUCAAUGGAGAUACCAUAAAGGAGAUACUCAACUGCUUGACGCGGGUUACCCCGGAAAGCUGUUGGAGGCACUUGCUAGCAUCCAUUGUAACGGCAGACGUCAACCCGUUUGUCCUCAUGAUUUGUGCGACGGUCCCAAUGCUUGAAUGUGUCAGCUUGACAUUGCAGGAUGAUUUCGAAGGACUUGAGCCUCUUUUCCGCACAGUUGCUGGUUACGACAACAGCCCAUAUCUCUCCAGGCUGAAGAAGAUUCACAUUACCGGCAAAUAUCCCAUAUCUGCCCACGUGAUCCUUACGAUGCUUGUCCACAAGGAGAAGUAA